CGGUGAUGACAAUGGAAGCAGUGCGGGGCUCUGGAACCGGUGGGCUCCUUUUUCUAUGUGCUCUGGCCACUGUCCUGCCUUCUGGCUCCUCGCGUUACACUCCCAACUGGGAAUCUCUGGAUGCUCGGCCUCUUCCGCCUUGGUUCGAUGAAGCCAAGUUCGGAAUAUUCCUGCACUGGGGGGUGUUUUCAGUGCCCUCAUUUGGCAGCGAGUGGUUCUGGUGGAACUGGCAUGAGCGCUCGGACGCCUAUGUCAAGUUCAUGGAGCAGAACUACCGGCCCGGCUUUACCUAUGCAGACUUCGCCCCUCAGUUCACUGCAGAGUUUUACGACCCUGAUGCCUGGGCGCAACUCUUCCAAGCAGCGGGGGCCAAGUAUGUUGUCCUGACCACCAAGCACCAUGAAGGUUUUACAAACUGGGGCUCCCCCGUGUCUUGGAACUGGAAUGCAGUAGAUGUUGGGCCACACCGUGACCUGGUUGGGGACUUCAGUGAUGCGUUGAGAAAACGGAACCUGAGCGUUGGUUUGUACCACUCUUUAUUGGAAUGGUUUCAUCCCCUGUAUCUACUAGACAAAAAAAAUGGCUUCAAGACACAGUAUUUUGUUUUUUCCAAAACAAUGCCUGAGCUCUAUGACUUGGUUAAUAGGUAUAAACCAGAUCUGAUUUGGUCAGAUGGAGACUGGGAGUCCCCUGAUACCUACUGGAAUUCCACUGACUUUUUGGCUUGGCUCUACAAUGAUAGUCCUGUCAAGGACAAUAUCGUGGUAAAUGAUCGUUGGGGCAGCAAUUGCUCGUGUUAUCAUGGCGGAUACUACAACUGUGCAGAUAAGUUUACACCAAGCAGUUUGCCAACACAUAAGUGGGAAAAGUGCACGUCUGUUGAUACAUAUUCUUGGGGCUAUAGGCGUAACAUGCAAGUCAACCAGAUAAUGAGUGAAAGGAACAUAAUUGCGGAACUGGUGGAGACUGUGUCCUUUGGAGGAAACUAUCUCUUGAAUGUUGGUCCCAGUAAGGAGGGGCUCAUAGUGCCCAUUUUUCAGGAAAGGUUAUUGGCGGUAGGAAAAUGGCUAAAAAUUAACGGAGAAGCAAUUUAUGCAUCCAAACCUUGGCGUGUACAAAAGGAAAAUUCAUCAGUUACCAUUUGGUACACAUCUAAAGGUAGCAGUGUCUACAGCAUAUUCAUGUCCUGGCCAGAGAACAAUACACUAAAGCUGCAGUCACCUAAAUCAACAUCACAAACUACAGUGACCUUGUUGGGGAUGUCUGGACAACUUACCUGGAAACAAAGUCCUGAUCUUGGAUUAAUUGUUUCAUUGCCGCCAUUACCUCCAGGAGCGUUCCCAGUGGAAGCUGGCUGGGUUCUUAGACUGGAAGGAGUUAAUUAGUGUUGCCUUAAGGGAUAUAUCUGUUAAUUAUCAAAGAGCAGAGCAGCACCACUUUAAUGAAUGACAUUUCUAUUUUAAUUGGGAUACAAAUGUUGGAGAGGAUAAUAUUGAUCUAUCUGAUUUCUUGCACUUUUCUAAUGGAAUGAAAAUAUGUAAAAACGUAUUAUUUCAUUUUUUUUUUUUUGUAAAGUAGCCUUCUUCUGUGACAGAACAAGGUGAGGCAUUGCAAGUUGAUUCUGUGUUAUAAACAUGCUAUAACACACUGUUUUUCUCUUGCAGAUUGCACUGUAUUCAGAUCUAAUUGUUUUGCCUGACUUAUGCCUUAUUAUUUGGGACAUUCAGUCCAUUCCUGUGUAUGACCUGAUUUUUCAGAUCACCUGCAUUUUAUAGUAAAACUGUAGGGGGUGACAUGGUACUGCUUCAGGUACCAUGUGGUUUGAUGAGCUUCAUUUUAUGGUACUGCUUCAGGUACCAUAUGGUAAGACAUAGCCUUAUUGUCAUUUUGUAAAUGUUUAACCACUUUUUUACUACUUUCUAUCUUGCAGACAUUAUAAAAAAAAAAAGUACAAGAGUGGGAAUAGUUCCUAGGCUGGUAUAUCAUUCUUAUAAUGGAAUGUAAACUGGGCAUUUGCUUUAUUAAUUUCUUUCUAUUAGCCAAUAUAGAAAAGUUAUCCACUUACACUAAAGAAGGCAGCAGGUGAGUUCAGGGGCACAAAAGAGGCUUGCCAUUCAAUUUGUCCUUUUAGAAACUCAUUAAUUGGCAUGAUCUCAUUAUUUUUUGCACUGUAAAAUGGCAGUGCUUUGACAUUGCAAUGUUGCUGUCACGCUAAACAGAAAAGGCAGGUACAAAAAAAAAAAAAAAAAA